GGAAGAAGAAGGAAAGGUCUAGCGUCUGGACCUAAAAAUCUCUUCCCCGCUUCUAAUCCAACCAAUCCCCUUUCCUUCCUUCUCUCUAAUUCCAAAAAAUAGGGCUAAUUUUUUCCCUUAACAAACCCCUCUGUUAGUUAUCUUCCCCCUUCCCCCCUCCUUCUCCCACUGCAUUUCGCAAAACCCUAGUUUCUCCUUCUUCUUCUUCUUCUUCUUCUUCUUCAUCACUGUUUAUACAUACCCUAGACCUUUUCUCUGUCUCGUCUUUGCUGUUAGUUUCUUUGAUUCUUUGAUUCUUUGAUUCUUUCUGUACUUUGUUACAAUGUCAGUCUCUGGUGGGGUUUCGAUUGCCCGAAUCCGUGGCGAGAAUCGUUUCUAUCAUCCCCCUGCGAUGCGGCGUCGUUUGCAGCAGCAGCAGCAACAGCAACAACAGCAGCAGCAACAGCAGCAACAGCAGCAGAAGCAGAGCGCUUUGGAUUCUAAGGACGUUGUGGCGGCUGCUUCUGCUAGGAUCGAUGACUUGGAGAAGAGGAGUGAGUUUGAUGAGUGUCGUUCUUGGUCCACUCGCUCUGAUUGUUCUGUUUCGGAUCGUGGACUUGCUGAUUCUACUAAUUUGGAUCGCUUCUUGGAGUACACUACUCCCCUUGUUUUGGCUCAUUGUAUUCCGAAGACGAGGCUGAAGGGAUGGAGAACUCGUGAAGUCUCAGAGGCACCUCCUUGUUUUGUGCUCGGGGAUCUUUGGGAAUCUUACAAGGAAUGGAGUGCAUACGGAGCUGGUAUACCUCUAUUGUUAAAUGGUAGUGACUCAGUAGUACAGUACUAUGUUCCAUAUCUGUCCGGCAUUCAACUCUAUAUCUAUCCAUCAAAGUCCUCUGCCCUAAGUAGAAGGCGUGGUACAGAUAGUGAUGCUGAGUCUUCAAAGGAAACAAGUAGUGAUGGAAGCAGUAAUUGUGGGGCAGAAAAAAAAACCAAGGCCAAUCUUCAGGAUGAGUGUAUUCAGGACUCAAGUAUUUCAGGGUCACAGAGAGCUCUUCAAAUGAAUACACCUUCUGCCGAGUCAUCGAGUGAUGAAAGUGACUCUUGCUACCAUCAUGGUCAGCUUGUAUUUGAAUACAUGGAGCGUGAUCCACCAUUUUGUCGCGAACCAUUAACCGAUAAGAUCACUAUCCUUGCAUCCCGUUUUCCUGAAUUAAAGACAUAUAGGAGCUGUGAUUUAUCUCCUUCCAGUUGGAUUUCUGUGGCAUGGUAUCCCAUUUAUCGGAUUCCCACGGGUCCAACUCUACAAAGUCUUGAUGCUUGUUUCUUGACCUUCCACAAUCUGUCAACAGCAUUGCAAGGCAUCAGGUCUGAUGGUUUGCAAUUCCAAUGGCCAAGAGUUAGAGAGGUGUACACUGCGGAUUGCCCUCUCAAACUGCAGUUGCCAAUAUUUGGACUUGCUUCCUAUAAGUUCAAACUUCCUUUUUGGAAUUCGACUGGUACCGAGGAAUGUUCGAAGGCUCAAUCUUUGUGGCAAGAUGCUGAAAACUGGCUUAGGUUAUUAAACGUGAACCAUCCUGAUUACAGAUUUUUCUCAUCUCAUAGCUCAUUCGGGAGAUGAUAAGGAAGGAUUAAUGUGAGGGGAUUUAAGUCCAAAGAAACUCUCUUCUCCUGAAUGUUGUGAAAGUUUAUAUGGCAUCUUUGAGGGUUUUUUUUUUUCUUUUUCUUUUUCUUUUUUGAAUUUCUACUUGACCAUAUAAAGGGUUUUGUACAGGGAGAAUGAUGUUGAUAGUAACAUUGCGGUUGAAAUGGGGAUUGGCUUUAGGAUAGUUGUUAUUCUGGGAACGUCAAUCCCCUAUGGUAUUAGUCUAUUCUUCCAUGUGUUGAGAAAUGAGUGAUGAUUCGGAAUAUGGGUGGUUGUGGACAGUGGAGAAACUGCUGUCAAGAACAACACCUCCAUUCUUUUUUUUUCUUCUUUUUUUUUUUCUUUUUUUUUUUUUAACUUUAAAUUGUGGGUUAGAUUUGUAACUUCCACUGGCUCCAUUAUAAUGAUGAAAAGUAUAUCUAGUAUGUUAACUACAA